AUGUCUGAUUUCGUAAUCCAACCCUAUUUUGCAGGUACUGGCGCACUGGGGAUCCCUCAUGCACUGAGUCGAUCCGGUUGGGUAGGUCUGUUCUUUCUAUUGUUGAGCGCAGCGAUGGCCCAAUUCACAAGUUGUCUUUUGAUCCGUUGUCUGUACCAUCCGUCGUACUCCCGACUGGAAAGUUUCAGCGAUAUUGGUUACGCUACAUUUGGACGUAUUGGAUGGAGUGUGAGCAUCGGGUUUUCUCAAGUAUUUCUGCUGUCGACAUCGAUACUGUAUGUGAUACUAGCAGGCGAUAACCUGCCAGUGCUGUUAUAUUCGUUUACGGGAGCACAGAUCGACCGGAAAGUCUGCAUUUGGAUUCUUGCUGCUGCCAUCGGGCUCCCGUUUGUGAUGGUGAGAAAUAUGCGUGAUGUUUCUUUCAUGAGUUGUUUCUCCUCCAUGGCAACCUUUUGUCUUUUGUUGAUCGUUACGGUAUCAUCCACCUCCGAUUUCAAAGAAACCGUUACUCACGCCCAUCAUGAUUGGGCAAUUCCUCGAAACAUUCCUAUCACGUUCAGUACCUUUACGUUCUCCUACUGCGGCAAUAUUAUCUUUCCUCACCUGGAAGCAUCCAUGCGCGAGCCCAACAGUUGGUCAAAAGUAAUGUUUGUCGCAACCUUUGUCAUUACGCUGAUCUAUGUGAUUAUGGGCUUCUUUUGCUAUCUUGUCUACGGAGAUGCGGCACUUGUACCGAUCUACAAGAACUUACCCACAGCGGCACAGAAUGUGGCAAUGAUAGUUGUCACCAUUCACGUCUUCCUCACUGUUCCUAUGUAUCUGUACGUCUUCACGAUGAGUGUGGAGUCCUGGAUCGGUCUGCUUCCACAUGAUCGUCAAAAAGCAGCGACAGCUUGUGAAUCGUCGUCAUUGUUGCGGUAUCCCACGCUGAUUCGCACGAUUGUAAGAAUCAUCGAAAUGGUCCUGUGCGCUACCGUGGCGGUUCUUGUUCCAUACUUUGGCGAAUUCACUAAUUUGAUAGGAACAUUGACGGGGGAGUUGCUUACCUUUGUCUUGCCCUGCAUGUUUUGGAUUAAACUUUCUUGGCACCAAGGAAACCAUUUCGAACGUACGGCUUGCAUUUUUGUGAUGCUGAUCGGGAUCUUUUGCGCCAUCUUUGGAUCGAUUGACGCUGUAACAGCUAUUGUCAAAACUUUGGAAUCACAUGGUGCGCAUUAA